AUGGUACGAGAUCUCGUUGUCUCAUACAUGAAGCAAAAGCGUAGUACCAUCCUAGCCGUUGUCGCAGCAGACAGUGCUUUCGCCAACCAACCUGUCACCCAUUUCGCUAGACAGAUUGACCCUGCCGGAACCAGAACACUUGGCUUGAUCACGAAGCCGGACAAGAUCGACCCAGAAUCAGAUACCGAGAAGUAUUACAUCGAGCUAUCCAAAAAUGAGAAUGUCAAACUCACCCUGGGCUGGCAUGUCCUCCGAAAUAAAAGCCACGCUACUGCCGAUGAAACAUCCGAUCAGCAAAAUGAGAGAGAAGCUGCAUUCUUCACAGAAUCGGGUUGGAGCAAAGUUCUUAGUCCAUCGCAACUUGGUGUAGCUGCAUUGAAGGACCGUCUGCGCAGUGUUCUCUGGAAGCAGCUCAGCGAGUCGCUACCCGGCGUGGAAAGCGAUGUACAGAAGGGUAUCAAAGACUGCACCAGCAAGUUGUGCCAGCUUGGGCAAUCAAGCAGCACGACGAAGGAGAACCACAGGUAUCUCCCUGGUAUCAGCAACCAGCUGUCCUUUAUGAUACAAGCAGGUAUCGAUGGUGUUUAUGCCGAUCCGUUCCUUGCGUCUUACCCUGGCCAACAUGAUGCUUUUGAUCGACGUCUCCGUGCGAACUUCCAGAAGACUUUGACCUUUUACGCUGGAAAGAAGGUCCUUCAUAAUCACGCUCUGGAGAUAGUCGAGGACGAUCAAGAACCUACACGCCGAGUCACGUCAAAAUAUCUCAUGAGAAGCGACUAUUUGCAAAUAGUCAAAGAUCUCAUGGUCGAGUGCAGGGGUCGUGAGUUACCAGGCACAUUCAACCCUCUCGUGGUCGGAGACCUCUUCAGCCGACAAUGCAAGCCUUGGGAAUCCAUCACUCAAGACCUUGCCGAGCAGGUUCAUGAAGCUGCAGCGACUACCUUCAACUAG